AUGUGUGCAAGUUAUUGGUGGGGAGAUACGAACAAGAAAUACCGGCUGCAUUGGGCUCGAUGGGAGAAGCUUUGCCGGCCUAAAGAUAAAGACGGUAUGGGCUUCAGGAAUCUGAAGGCCUUGAAUAAAGCUUUAUUGGCGAAAGUUCCUGCCAAUUCCUCUUUUGUUUGGAGAUCAAUUGCGUGGAGUAGAGAUAUCAUCGAUGCGGGACACAUCUGGAAAGUAGGGGAUGGAAUGAACAUUCGCAUGAAAGAGGAUGUUUAG